AUGGCAGACCGCGUCGUUGCUGAAUAUGGAUCCAUGUGCCCCAUGCUUCCGCUGGAUUCGUACGUGAUGGAAGGCGAAGGAGACUAUUGCUCCGAAACGCGGUUGCCCAACGACGACAAUGCAGAGCGCUUGGAUCUGUGCUCCGAUUCCGAGGACGUGCGGACUGCCUGA